AUGGCCGCACAUCCAAGAUUACCCAAUGAGCUGAUGCUCCUGAUAUUCGGAUACCAAACCACGGUCACAGAUCUAUUGGCCCUGUCGUCAACUAGCCAUGCUAUGCGUUCGCUCUUCUUGGACAAUACUUCCGGGAUAAUCUCCGAGGCUUGCAAGAAUACCAACUUACUGUCUGCUGCCAAAGCAUUAGUCGAUACGAUAUUCGAGAUUGCGGCACUGCCUACUCAUCUCUGCGACUGCGCAGCUGCGAAAGUUGAUCCGUAUUACCAUUUCGAUAAGAAUGCAUCACAUCAACGUUAUAUGGCAGACUUGUUAAUUCCGUCUUCAGCUGACCUACGGAGCUUACGUAUGCUUUCGCGAGUCCACAAGCUCGCUAUGUUGUUCGCUCACAAGGCUGUUGAUUUCUGGACUGCUAGAGCACACAAUUGUCAAGUCGACCACAAACUGACAAUCGACAUGGACAAAGUGGCUCAGAUAUAUCUACUUCUGUGGGUAUGCGCAGAAUCGCACUUCUCGACCAAACUUGAUGCUCGCGCCAUAAACAUGGUGGCCGAGUUACCCAAACCCGCACUAUCAGUUUUCUGGGAAUCUCAGCAUCCGGAUGGAGAGGAUUGGGCCGGUACCAUUCUAGGGAAUCGUGUUAAGCUGGACGACAGAGGGGACAGGUUGGAUCCGUCAGAAGAGCUCAGUAUGAACUUGUGGGAAUGGAUCAUCAGGACUACGCAUCUCGAACAUGCGUUAAAUGCUAGGCAAGAAGCGUGGGUGCAAGAGAAGUAUGACGCAUGGCUUAGUGAGAAACCUGAGGAAUGCACUUGCCAUCAAGCGAUACUCAUCGAUUGGGAUCUUGUACAAAUAGAGUGGUGGCGCAAUUGGACCCCUACGAUAUGA